CCUGAUUCUCCCACUGAGUUGCACCAAGCCAGACGGACCAUCCUAGCCAACAUCUCCAAGCUGAAGAUGCUUCUUGAAGAGCCAGCAGAUUUCCUCCAACAACUUGCUAGUCAGAACCAACUGCUGGCCUGUCUACAGUGGUUAGGCGAGUUUCAAGUCCUUGCUUGUAUACCAUUGAAUGGGAGUGUUCCUAUCAGAGAUAUUGCCGAUUUGUCAGGCGUUCCAGAGGCUCAGCUGCGCCGCGUUGUACGUAUGACUGCGACAUCCGGCUUUCUCAAUGAGUCGCAACCUGGCUAUGUCGCACACACUCCUUUAUCAGCGCCUUUUGUUACCAAACCUUUGUUUUUGGAUGCGGGCAUGUUUCUCGCUAAGUCCUCUGGACCCGCCGCUUUGCAAAUGGCUUCCGCCACUCAAAGAUUUGGUAAUUCGAGUCGGCCACACGAGAGCGCAUACAACCUUGCCUUCAAUACUUCCGAAACCUUUGAAUCUCUAUGCGAGCAACGAUCGAAGGUGCAACGACAGUGGUCUGCAUAUCUUCGAUACUCAGGGGAAACGGAUGAUGUUGUCAGUGAUUUUCUCACCCAGCUGGACUGGUCUAGUUUAGGUAAUGCCUGCGUCGUCAAUGUAGGUGCUCAAUCGUCUAAGACGGCUAUGGGUCUUGCAGAACGGUAUCCAGCACUUCAAUUCAUUGUUCAGAUGAGCGAGCCAGCACACAGCAACGGAUCUGGAUCUCGACAGAAAAAUAGUUCGAACAGAGCUCCAUCUCUCCCUGCCUCUAGCAGGGGCCUGAAGCGCGGCCCCAUGAGUCCGAACGACGCGCGAUACUCAGACCUGAGCUCUCGUAUUACUAUACAGAAACGCACGCUCGGUACGCCACAGACAGUAAACGACGCAGCUGUCUACAUUCUCUCUCUUCCCUCACCAUCACCUAGCUUGCCAUCCCAUUCAGUCAUAGAACGAUUUGCCUCUGAUCUGAGAGCACAUCUUGGUGUACUCCACGGAAACAGUGCCGCCACACUCAUUCUCACCAUGUGUCCGCUCCCCAAACCCAAUACUGUCGACCCCGAUAUAGAAGCUAGCGCACGCCAGCGCGAUCUCACCUUCUUCCAGUUGGCCAACGAUCAUAGGCUUGAGGUAAAUGAUGUAGAAGAUGUGAUAAACAAUGCGAGGGACACUAUGGGAGCGCUGGUCAUUGUCAAUCGGCUCCGUUCGUGGAAAGAUGCCACCAUGGCGUUCGGCGUUAAGUAUCAAACUUAUGGGAGUCAUCAACACAAGCCGAAGGCAAGUUUGUCGAUUCUCUGAUUGUUUUAUAUGUUGUGCAUAGGGUCUGUAGGUGGAUGAAGUGGACUUGGGUAACGAGAGUAUUGAUUUUUUGAUCUCGUCGUUUUGUGGCUAGCGGGAAUGUUGGUGAUUGUUGCGAUUAUUUCGUUUCUAGCAAAAUCCAGAGAACUUGCUGUGUAUUGUUUAAACAAUUAUGUGGACAGCACCUUUCUGUUUCUUAAAAUUAAGUAAGCUUUGCGGC